CGGUCAUUUAAAGUAAAAGGUAUCCUGAAGUGAAAAUGAUGCGUCUACGUGAUGUGGCUAAGGAAUAUUUGGAAAAUUCCACACUGCAUGGAGCACGUUUCAUUGUCGACAAGGAAUUAACCUGGAUGGAAAAGUUGUUUUGGGCCGUGUGUUUGGUGGCCUCGUGGUUUGCAUCGUGGAAGUUGAUUAAAGUGUCGUUGGAUGCCUUCGAAAACAAUGCCAUUAGUUUUGGUGUCGAAUCCAGUUAUCGGGAUUGGGAAACCAACUUCCCGGCCAUUGUGGUGUGUGAAUCCAAGAAUAUGGAUCGUAUACAAGAGGUUGCGGAACAACUCUGGGGCGCCGAUCAUGAUUUCACCCUGGAAGAAGUUCUCAGUGAAAUUGCAUUCUUUCGUGGCGAAUCCUAUCACACGGUGCAUGAAUGUGGUGGCGAAGAGCCUUCAGAGAAUUGUUUCUACAGUAAUUUCUCGUACUAUGCUCAGUUGGUGCGCAGCAGCUGUGAGAGUACCAUCAAGAAUUGUAUGUGGAACAAUAAACCAUUUCAGUGUUGUAAAUUUUUCCAUCGCAUGGAAACGGAGUUGGGUUUGUGCUAUGCCAUUAACUCGCUGCAGGCGGGGAACAAUGAAGGACCUAAGCUGAAUAUGUGGUCAAAUCGCUAUACUGGACCGGGAAAUUUGAAGUUGGAUAUUCACACAGAAGCUGUGGUUUUCAUUUUGGGCGAAGAGGAAGUUCCCACAUUGGUCACCCCAAAGACUGACUAUCUCAUUGUGAGUCCCUAUAUAUCCUUUGUUCGCCACAUUGCCAAGCAUGACAUUCAGAAUGACGAAGAAAUUCGCGACACGAAAAUAUCGCAACGCAAUUGUCGCUUCAACGAUGAGAAUAAUUUGGAUGUGCAUCGCUACUACAGUUACAGUGCGUGUACGGUGCAGUGUCGGAAGGAUAGACAGUUGGAAUUGUGCAACUGCUCCAGUCACUUGGCCCCCAAUACACCCAGUCAUCAGAUGUGCAACAUGGAUGGUUUGGAGUGUUUGAAUCGCAACUAUGAAGAUUUAUCGGUGAUUAUUGCCAAAUGGUCGAAGAGUCGUCGUGGUUUGGUCUGUGAUUGUUUGCCCUCGUGCACGGAGGUGGAUAUUACAACGGCGGUGGAUAGCAAAGAUAAUAUUUACAGUCAAAUCCCAUAUUCCAAGGUGGAAAUAGCUCUGGUGGAAUUGCCAACGGAACGUUAUAAACGAAAUUUGGUCAGAGGAAAAUUGGAUUUGGUUGUAUCAAUUGGUGGAACUACUGGUUUGUUUGUGGGAGCCAGCCUCUUGAGUUUUGUGGAGAUUUUGUAUUAUGCCACUAUACGUCCUUAUGGCAGCAUGAUGGCGAAGAAGCGUCAAUUACGUCAGCAAAGGCAGCAGUAAUUCAAGUGGAACAUUUAUUAAGUUUAACGAAAAAAAUUGGUUGGCCGCACGAUGAAGAUAAUCAAAACUGUCAACAACUUUCAUGU